GACAAAAUUGAAUGCGUCGGACCAACUCAGACCAUUUCACCGAAGCACAUCUCAGUUACAGCAUCUCCUACCAGGCAGCUGACAAAAGCUUUGCCAUGGGCUGGGUUGUGAACAACUCAACUGAUUACUGGAUUGAGGACGAUGAGCAUUAUCUCAACUCUGAUGUAGAUUAUAACACAUACGAGUUUCUCUGUGAAAAAGAAGAUGUGAGAAAAUUCAUGAAAGUAUUCCUCCCUGUGUUCUAUGCAUUGACUUUCACUGUUGGAGUUGCUGGAAAUUCAUUAGUGGUUGCAAUUUAUGCCUACUGCAAGAAACCAAAGACCAAGACAGAUGUGUACAUCAUGCACCUAGCCAUUGCUGAUUUGCUCUUGCUCUUCACGCUCCCCUUUUGGGCUGCAAAUGCAGUGCAGGGAUGGGAACUGGGAAACUCAAUGUGCAAGCUCACUUCUUCACUUUACACCAUGAAUUUCAGCUCUAGCAUGCUGUUCCUGGCCUGUAUCAGUCUGGAUAGAUACAGGGCUACCUCUGAAUCCCAACGUCACAGAAGAGCUGGAAAACACUGCAGUGUUACCUGCAUCUGUGUCUGGCUGUCUGCCGUACUGCUCAGCAUCCCUGAACUGAUAUUUAACCAAGUCAUAACACACAACAAUAGGAAUGAAUGCCUUCCUAUAUUUCCAACGAACAUGGAAACACUUUUAAAAGCAACCAUUCAGAUCCUAGAAGUUAUCCUGGAGUUUCUGCUUCCUUUCCUAGUAAUGGUGACCUGCUAUUCAGUUACUGCUCGGGCAAUCUUUAGAUCUGCAAAUGCUAAAAAAUCUAGACCUUUCAUGGUUCUGCUGGCAGUAGUGGCUGCUUUCAUAAUUACUCAGCUACCUUACAACAUAAUUAAGUUCUGGCGAGCCAUAGAUAGCAUCUACCUAUUGAUUACCGACUGUGAGGCGAGUAAAACCAUAGACGUUGCGCUCCAGGUCACCAAGAGCAUAGCUCUGUUUCACACCUGCCUGAACCCAAUUCUGUACGCCUUCCUGGGUGCCUCUUUUAAAAUGCGUGUUAUGAAAAUAGCAAAAAAUUAUGGGUACUGGAGAAGACAACAACAGCAUGAAGUACCUGAAGAGAUCUCUAUGAAUUCUGAAGCCCGUACUGAAGAAACAAUUAGCUUCACUAUAUAGACUGUUGCUUGCAUUAUCUUAAUCAAAACAGGGAUUACUUACUAACCUGGGGGCUAUUAUUUCAACAGCUGUUUCUCUGCAAGUCAUCUUUCAGAUGAAUUUAAAACCCUGCAGACAAGCCAAGACACUACACUGGAGUUCAAAAAUGGAACAUGAUCCAAAUUAAGCACCAGGCAUGAAAAAAUACUGAAAGUGCUGGAAACAAUUAAGGUAUUUAUUAAAAAAAAUAAAAAAGCAAACAAAAGAAAACAAUAAAGUCAAAAGGGUCACAGCAACAGGAUAUUAAAUUGCUGUGUAAUGAAAAUUCUGCACAUAUCCAAACCACCAACUUAAAACAGAAAAGGAAACCAUCAGCGAUAAAAUGACAGUAUGGGAACCUUUGUGCCAAGAUCCAAUAAUAUCGUGGUUCUUCAACUAUUUUGUAAAACUUCACAGCAUUUGACUAAUAACUCACUUCCAUUUUUUUCUCUCUAGUUCCCGCUUCAGAGACACAGUUGCAGCUUAAAAUGAGAUACCAGUUCACAACUGAGAGAAGCAAAAAAAAGCCAUUUUCUAUGUGUUUAUACAUACGUAUAGCAACAAGAACACCCCGUGUAAGAAACACUAACUCCUGCUCAAUAACUACCAAAAACAAUCUUACAUCUCUCCAUUUGCUGCUCACCCUAAACUUCAACAAGCCCAGUGGCCAAAAAGAGGCACAUUCCAGAUCUCUGUAACAUAAGAUCAAACAUGAAUGUCAAGGUAAUGCAAUCAAAGCAUGAGCAGAAAUGCAAGAAAAAGUUUUAAAGUUAACCUUCAGAUACAGGGCCUGGAAUUUUUGGGUGGAAUUUGUAAAAUAAUGAGAUAGGGAGGCGACUAUAGCCUUCUAAAAUAUGCAAAGAUACAAUAAAACAUACGAGUAUUCAAA